UUUCAUUUAAGAGAAGCAUAUAAUUAAAAUAAAAUAUCACUAUUGAAUAGUAUGCCACAUUAUAACUACUAAAACGAUCGCUAUCAGUUGGACUACUCCGCUUUCGUUAAUAUAGCCCAUAUUUUUAAACUUUUCGAAUGUCAUACUUUUAUUUUUUUUGUUUUUUGUGUGUGUGCGUGUGUGUAACUUUAAAUCAUUUCUACUUCAAAUAUUAACAAAACAAAAACAGGCAAUUAUGUUGAACACCGUGAAGAUAAUUUAAACAAAUUUUAGUUUUUGAUGAUUGAAUAAAUCGUCGUUCAUACCUAUCAAUAUAUUAUUUUACUUUUUUUUCUGCAAUAGCACACUUCAGUAACUGCAGUAGAAUUUGCACACAUAUAUACAUUCAUUAAUAUAUUUAACGUAAUAUUCACUUGACAGUAACUAUUCUGUGAUCUACAGAAAAGUAACAAAACUUCAAAUUUAAAGAAUGAACCUUGAAGACAAUCCUAAUAAUCCAACAGCUGGUACCACCGAGGAAUAUGUCAAUUCUGACCAAGACGGAUACUUGAAAGAUGCUGACGGAGUCCUUACGGUUAAAAUUACAAAGAAAGAUGUUUGGGAUAACUUAACCGGAGACAUAAAAAAUGACCCUAACGAUAAGAUGUAUAUGAUUAAAUUUCAGAAUGAUGUUGACCUUCCUAGGAACGAUCUAAUAAAAGAGGUUUCAAAUCAAGGGAGUGAAAAUUUGGCAUUUACAUUUGAUGUUGCAGAAAACGAGAACAAAAGCGAUCAUUCGAAUUCAUUUAAUGUUCAAGUGAACAGAGUCAAUAUAGUGGAGGAGGUACUUGCCGAGAAAAACCAUCAUGUACAGAAUUCAGAAACACAAAUAGGUAACGGGAUAGAAACUGAACUUCCAGAAGUUUCGACCAGUGAAAUUGCCAACAGAGAAGGAUCAGAAAUAGAAGAUAUAUCACAUGCAAAUCGAUCUGGAACUUUUGAUUCCAGUGUUUUCGAAGGAAUCGCUCGACACAGUAUCGAUGUAAAAUCAAAUGCAUUAUCGGAAGAUAUCAGUCCAUGCAGGAAAGGAAUGAUAAUGCUAUUUUGCUUCCUUAUGCAAUGUUGUACCGGACUUCUUUACUCUCUGGGACUAAUCUACGUCAUACUUCUGGAUGUAUUCGGUGCUAGCCGUUCUGUAACCAGUUUGGUCCAGUCACUCUGUUUAGCAGUGACAUAUGGAUUAGGAUUUUUCAUGGGAAUGAUAAUAGAAAAAAUUGGUCUUAGGCUCUCAAUUUUGUGUGGUAGUGUGUUUGCUGCCAUAGGAUUUGCGGCAUCGGCGUUUGCACCGCAGAUCUAUUACAUCAUUAUAUGUAUAGGAAUUAUAGGAGGUAUCGGUAUCAGCCUGCUAACCAUUUCCUCGUUUGCAGCAAUUCCAAUCUACUUCAAAGACAAACAAAAUGCUGCUGUUGCUUUUACUUCAAUGGGGACAGGGAUCGGUUCUGCUGUUUGGCCUAAAAUAAUGAUACAGUUUAUCAAAGAAUAUGAUUGGAGAGGAAACUAUCUUUUGGUUGGUGGAAUUAUGUUCAAUGCGAGUGUGAUGGCCAUGUUCUUUAAAUCACAGAAACUUGCACCGGAACAAAAAGCAAUAGCUAAAGCAAACAGAUCAAUGAAGACGAUACGAAGAUACUUCAAGGAAAUGGUUAAAAACCCACGAUUUGUAGCUUACUUGUUUUGGUCAGCUUUUGAUAGCUUCUCAAUUUCUGUACUAAGCCAAAUGUUGGUGGAUUUUGGUUUACAACUCGGUUACAAUCUAUCAGAUAGCACAGCUCUAUUGACUUAUUACUUGCUGUCCAAUGCAGUGGGAAGGUUCUUGGUUGGAAUUUUGAAUCGUUUUAAAAUCCCUCACUUCAUUUUAUUCAGUAUAUUCUGUUACAUGUGUGGCGCGUCCUUCAUUGCUCUGAGUUUCACAUCAACAUACAAAUAUUCUCUUGCAUUUGGCAUAGCAAGUGGUUUCACGUUGGGGCUUCACGUAGCAAUGUCAAUGGUCAUUUUAUUAAGGAUAGUCGGCCCUGAAAAAUAUGGUCUUGGAUGGGGUCUUUCGGCUAGUUGCCUUGGAAUUGGUUUCAGCUGUUCUGGACCUUUUGCAGGUAUGAUCGCCGACAUGUAUUCUUACAACAUGUCCUUUUUCAUCUCUGGUAUCGCCGUAAUUUUUAUUUCGACCUGUUUCAGCAUAGUCGUGCUCUGCACCCGUAAUACGAAGAAAAUGACUUUAUGAAUUUAUUUCUUUUAUUAUUAGUGAUUUUUCAGUAAUAAAAUGUAUUUCUUGAACAUAAUUUA